AUGGACCAGAACACUCUACAGGUUGGGGCUAUGGGUACUGAAAGUAAUGAAGCAGUACUCCCAUAUCCUGAAAUAACUAGUCCCCGGACAUGCACAAAUGCACAAAAGCCAUACUGCCCUGUAGGGACUGAAAUGACAACUUGGAUCUUGCCAAAUGUCUGUGGGGGACAGUGUUGCUCAGGAUGGACAACAGCUCCAGGAACAAACCGAUGCAUUAAACCUGUAUGUGACCCUCCCUGCCAGAACAAAGGAUCCUGCAGUCGUCCUCAGCUCUGCAUUUGCCGUUCAGGUUUCAGAGGCUUACGAUGUGAAGAGGUGAUUCCAGAGCAAGAGUAUCAUCCCCCUGGCCCUGCGGCUGCCCCCCAGCCUCCAGCAGGCCCUCUUCUGAAAAGGACAGGCAAUGUAGAGAGAGAAGGGUCCUUCAGAGGCAGGCAACUGCCUACCACGCAGAAGUUACCAGCUGGAACUCAGAGCAGAAGUGGUUCCCUUGUUCCCUCUCAGCAGCACACGGGGCCCUCCCGCACAGUCAGACGCUAUCCAGCUGCUAAUAAUGGUCAGCUCACAUCCAAUGCACUGCCCAAUGGGAAUGGGUUUGAGCACAACAGUGCUGGGCCUCGCAUGACCUAUCCAGAGCCUGCUCCAUCUCUCUGGGGUGCCAAUCUGACAGAAAAAAUCCGAAAGAUAAAGAUUGUCUUCACCCCCACAAUCUGUAAACAGACCUGUCAAAAUGGCCGCUGCUACAAUAGCUGCGAGAAAGGGGACACCACCACCCUGUACAGCCAGGGUGGACAUGACCAUGAUCCCAAAUCUGGCUUCCGUAUCUAUUUCUGCCAGAUUCCCUGUCUAAAUGGAGGGCGCUGUGUUGGCAGGGAUGAAUGUUGGUGCCCAUCUAAUUCAACAGGGAAGUUUUGCCACCUGCCAGCUGUAAAACCAGAAAGAAAGCAAGUGGGGAGGUCUUCAAAUAGCCUGACUAGUAGCUCCAUGAGGCAGUCUAUGUACACACUUCCUCUGUCCAACCAUCUUGCUUCGAUACAUCCUUCCCUUGUGAAUGUACACAUUAACCACCCUCCAGAGGCUGUAGUGCAAAUCCAUCAAGUGGCUAGAGUGAAAACUUCCCACUGA